ACUCCCAGUGACUGCGUCCACACGCAUAACAACCAUUUUAAAACGUGAAGAUUGGCAAUAACACAAACGCGGACUGCAUGUAAACAUAGUCAAUGUCAUCACAUAUCAGACUUACAGAUCCAUUUACACCCAAGCCGGCACCAUCAUAGAUCCAUGUGUUCCACGAGUAAGCCAUUACUCAGGCAUUUGCAGGACGUACAUAUAUCAUACUCCCAUCCUCAAAUGAGUGGUUAAUAGCAGUGGUCUAAUCAUCUAAUGAUAAAUCGUGACAAGGUGUGUGACAAUAAGUCUAAUUGCUGUGUAAGAAUAUAAAAUGCACGGUGACAGCCGUGCGUAAUGCUGAACCAUGGAUGCGCUGGCACUACUCGAGGACCACGCAAAUGGUUGGAUCAGGAUGGAGAGACAGUUCAGUGAUCAUGCAGAUUUCCUGGCCCAUGAUGAUGACUGGCUAAUAAGCCGAUUUAGAUUCCCAAGAGCAGUGCUCUUGGAUCUAUGUGCUGAAUUGGGACCAGCUUUAGAGAGACCGACCCGCCGGAAUCGCGCCAUCCCGGUGCACCUGCAGGUGCUGACGACUCUCGGUUUCCUGGCAACCGGCUCGUACCAGCGGGAAUUAGCCGACAGGUCUGGGAUAUCACAGCCGUCGCUGAGCGCAAUAAUGCCAUCCGUAAUGGAUGGCAUUCUAAAAAUGAGCAGUCGAUACAUCGGGUUUCCCUACACUGUGGGUGAACAGGCCAACAUUAAAAGGCAAUUUGCAGCAAUGGCAGGUUUCCCAAAUGUGAUCGGUGCCAUUGACUGCACCCAUAUUGCUAUAAGGGCUCCAACCGAAAAUGAAUUCGUCUAUGUGAACCGGAAAAAUGUGCACACCAUCAAUGUACAAGUUACGUGUGAGACGAACAUGGUUCUGACGAACAUAGUGGCACGGUGGCCUGGCUCGACACAUGACGCAUUCAUCCUGACGCACAGCAGUAUAGGGAGAAGACUGCAGGCCGGCGCUGCGCGUGAUGGCUGGCUCCUUGGUGACAGUGGCUACCCCCUGAGGCGAUGGCUCCUCACCCCAUUUACAAACCCGCAGAGCGAGGAGGAGGUGCGCUACAACAUCACCCAUGCGCGCGGGCGCUCCGUUGUGGAGCGAGCCAUCGGCCUCCUCAAAUGUCGGUGGAGGUGUCUGGAUCGCUCGGGGGGCAUGCUAUUGUACCACCCUGCAAAAGUGUGCAAAAUAGUCCGGGCGUGUGCUGUGCUGCACAACAUGGCACUAAAAGAUGCCAUUCCACUGCCACCCGACCUCCCUCCCCCACAGCACCAGGACCCCGACACACAGCCACCACCUCGACAUGAGGAACACCAGCAGGGCGCAAGGCUCCGUGAACGCGUCAUGCAGCGGAUAACAAGACAAGUAGGCUGUUACAUUUAUUGCACAUGUUUCUUUAUUGAACCGGCAAUGUCGGACAUUACGCCACACAUGCACAGUGUCAGUCAAGACGCUGCCACUGGCAGGAACGCCAUGCGCUCUGGUGCUGGUGCUGGGGACAGCUAA